GGAGAGUGUCAGUCGGUCGAAUACGCGGUGCCGCUCUCGGCACUUCAGUCGCAUCGAGCUACUCGUGGAACGCGUGUCGUGUUGUGCAUGCAUGCAUGCUUGCGUGCGGUUAAACGUGCGUGCAUGUGUGUGCUUAUUAUUGUGGUGUACCCGGAGUGGUCGCGUGUGCAUGUGUGCGGGUCAUAACACGGUGUUGCGCGGUCUCGACAGUGCAUGUCGUGAUUACUAUAGCCAUCGUCUCGUCCGUCCGUCCAUCGCGAUCACGCCAAAUGCACGUCUCGCGCUUCUCGAGAUCUUGCAGUAACACCCGUGGUUGUUGCUGUGCCGUUUGACAGCGCGGCCGAUUCGAAGAACGAAGAGGAAGGGGAAGGAAGCCGCGUCUAGUCCCGCGGUUGAUGACUCUUCGAACGAUCGUACCGAAUACGCGACAACGAAGGAGGAGAAAGAGGAAUUGAAUCGUCUCGUUGCUCGUGCUGCGUCUCUUUUUCUCUGUUCUUCUUACGCUUCACAGCACGAUUUACGGAACUUAUCACCAAUCUUUUUCGCAUAGUUUCCGCUCCGGUUUCUCUUUCUUUCGCUUUUGCUUUUCUUUACCGAUUCAUCUCGCCGAUUUGGCCAUUUUGCCAAAAUGAAAAUAAUUCAGAGGUAUCGUCGUGCGAUUCUGGCACCUGUAUCGAUCGUGAUAUUAUUAUGCGGUUGUACCGAUCUCGUGUCAUCUCGAUCGCCUCGUUUUGCCGAACAUCCAAAAAAUGAUACCGAGUUCGUGUCCGUUGAUUGUGAACGUGUUAAGCCGUUUUUCGAGAGCAAAAAUAUCACGAUUUUGGUUGAUACGAAGCAAGCUACUGCAGAAGACAUUGCAAAAACAACUUGCAACGGCAUGUGCUGCAACCGGGACACCGAAGAACAACUGAGACAUCAAGCCAGGGCAGAUUUUCACGACUUGAUCCAUCAUCACAGCAGAAGUUUGCAAGGCCUUUUGGCGACAACGGCGGACGCGUUAAGGGAAACGGUGACGAUGCUCGCGAGACAGUCGGAGAACAAAACCUUAACCCUGUUCGAUCAAGUGUAUCGGACGAUGGCGGUGUCGAGCAGGCCCUCGAUAAAAGCCCUGUAUCAGGCGAUGGUCGAUUACGUGUCGCCGAGCAACACGCCGGACAGUUUGCAGCAACCCCUGACAAGGGACAUGCUUCAAGAGAAGUUCAUCGAGUUCUUCGCCAAAUUGUUCCCGAUCGCGUAUCACGGAGCUGUGAAUCCCCGCCAGUACGAGCAAGAUUUCACGGAAAAAUUCAAGACGUGCCUGUACGAAACGAUGGAACAGAUCCAACCGUUCGGUGACAUACCGAUCCAGGUCUCGAAAUCGGUGAGCAAAAGCCUGGAGGCGACCCGGGUCCUGGUCCAGGCGUUGACUCUCGGCAAAACGGUGCUGGACAGGACGGAUAGCGUGCUAUUUUCCGGCACCAGCCCCCAGCAGGAGGCCUGCUACGCCGCACUGCUCAGGAUGACCUAUUGUCCGAGGUGCAAGGGCAUCGGUCCCUCCGUCAGGCCCUGCAGUGGAUUCUGCACCAAUGUCAUGAGAGGUUGCCUGACGCAGCCAGCAUCCGAGCUGGACCUGGCUUGGUCCGGGUACGUGGAAACGGUGGAGAGGCUCGUGGUGGCGGUCGACGGUCGUAACGAUCCGUUGGGCCUGAAUGCCGAGAGGGCUGUCAGACAAUUGGACACCCGCAUUUCGGACGCCAUUAUGCACGCGAUGACGGACGGACCGGCGCUCGAGGAAAAGGUGAGGAAGGUGUGCGGCCGCUCGGAGCUGGAGCCAUCGUCGUCGAGCGAGAGGAGCGUCGCGGAUGCGGCUGGAACGGGGAGGUCGUCGUCGCCGUCGUCAGGCGGGAUCGAGAUGCACGCAGCUGGUGCUGCGCCCAGCCGGACCUUGCCGUCCCAGUUGCACGUGCAGCUCGGCAAUUUCCUGGCCAGCGUGGUCAGGUCUCGCACCUUCUACGGCACCCUGGCCGACACGAUCUGCGAGGAGUAUCCGGACAAACGGUGCUGGAACGGCGAACGAGUCGGGGAAUACACGAAGACAGUGGCGGACUCGAGUUUGACGGCGCAGAGGUACAACCCGGAGUUCACCGUGACGACGAUGUCGCCGACGACGGCUUCCUACGGCAACGCGAACACCAGCGUGCUCAUUGACCAAUUGAGGCACAUUAAUCAGAUAUUACAGUCUCAGUUGGCGUCCGCGCCCGACAGCGGAACGUUGCUCGGCGACGAGGCUUUGGAUGGUUCUGGAAGCGGCGAUCGGCCUAUAUGGAGGAAGAAAGGGAAAGACGAGGACAUCGAUAAUGAUGACGAGGACGUGCGCGGUUACGAGCACGACGACGAGGAGGCGUCCGGAUCCGGAAUGGGACCCACUACACCCGAUCCGAUGGUGAAGACGAAUCACGAGAAUCCAGUGACGGCCGGCGCUGGAUCGAGCGUCGUCCUGUUCUCGUCCAUCGCCGUUUCGAUGGCGAUUGGCUGUUGUGCACCGUUGUUGAUUGCUUAAAAGUUGCGGAGC